AUGCUGGGCGCCCUGCUGGCGGUGCGCGAGUGGCUGCGCGCGCCCGCCUGGGCGCCCCGGUCGCUGCUGGAGCUCGGCAGGUCGCCCUCGCCCACCGCUUGGCUCCGGGACCUCUUCGGCGGGAGCAAGGCCGAUGGCGCUGGCGCUGUUGAAGCGUGGUCCGCAUCGCCUUCCGACUGGGCACUGCUGGCCGUCUCCAUCUUUGCGUGCAUGGCCCUGGAUUUCUUCGCGUUCAGGAGUGUCCAGUCGUCUGCGCCACUGGGGGCACAGAUCGACCGCGACGCGGCUGAGGCUUCGUCCCGCAGCGCCGACCCUGCCCCCGAGCCCGAGCCAGAGAGUUCGGAGAGUGGCGCCUCGGCCGGAAGCAAGACGAAGGCAGACUUGCUCGUGCUCCUCUGCUGGAUCCUUUGCGGGAUGGCGUUCAACGGCGUGAUCUUCUGGAAGAAGGGCACGGAGGCCGGCGUCCAAUGGUGCUGCGGUUACUUCCUGGAGUGGCUGCUGUCUUUCGACAACAUCUGGGGAGCAGGCAUCGAGAAGGGCCCUGGCUCCCUCUGCUCCGCGCCCUCUGCUUCCCAAUCGGCGGGGCGGUGCUGGUGCACUCUUCUGCUCCCCACUAUCUUCGUAUUCUAUCUGAUCUUCCAGACGUACAAGACCCCCCGGGAACUGCUGCACAAGGCCUUAUUCAUCGGCAUCGCCGGGGCAAUCGUGUUGCGGAUCUUCUUUUUCGUGGCGCUGUCGCAGCUGCUGCAAGUGGUUCACUGGAUUCGGUUUGUCUUCGGCGCCGUCCUUGUUUACAGCGGCGUUCAGGCAGCUCGGCAGGAGGACGACGAUGCAAACCCAGCGGACAGCUUGGCAAUGAAAGCAUUCCAGGCCUUCUUUGGCGAUCGAGUGCAGAGCGUGUACGACAUUGAGGGCAAGCAUCUGUUUGUUACCAAGGGUCAAAUAACUUACGCCACCAUGCUGGUGCCGGUUAUAUUUUGUUUGGAAGCUACAGAUAUUUUGUUUGCGAUUGACAGCGUUAGUGCCAAGGUGGCUCAGAUACCAGAUGUUUACAUCGCUUUCAGCUCUUCCGCAAUGGCUAUGUUUGGCCUGAGGGCGAUGUUCUUCGUUGUCCAGGACCUGGUGGACAUGUUCGACCUGCUGAAGUACGGUCUCUGCUUCAUCCUAGUCUUCAUCGGCGUGGAGCUUAUCGUCUCUGACUUCGUACAGCUUCCGAUACAGGUCGUCAUGGCGGUGAUCUUCUCCGUGUUCGCGGUGUGCAUCUGCGGCCCGGCGACGAAGAGGAUGCUGGUGCCGGCCGCCGGCCCCAGCGAUGCCGGGCUGGCGCCCUCGGGUUGA